AUGAAGUCCUUCAAAAGCAUUCUCUUUGCCUUCACGGUCAGCAUCGGCAUUGGUGCGGCGCAAGUUGGCCCUCUGGGCGAGGAUGGGAGACCAACAACCUAUACGGCAUACACUUUUAACCAGCUCAUCGACCAUUUCCCAACAAGCUCUCGAUAUGCGCCAAGCACAAAUCUCACUUUCAAGCAAAGGUACUAUUUCGACGACACCUACUACAAGCCAGGAGGUCCCGUCUUUCUCUACAUUAGUGGCGAGACUAGCGGACCGUCGCGCUUUUCGAAUCUUCAGACCGGGAUUAUCCAGAUCCUAAUGAAUGCGACGGGCGGAUUAGGAGUCAUUCUUGAGAACAGGUACUAUGGUGAAAGCUAUCCGUUUUCGAACUCUACGACCGACAAUCUGCGAUUCCUCACCACCGAGCAGACUAUCGCCGACAAUGCGUACUUUGCUCAACAUGCUGUCUUCCCAAACGUCACAGGCGGAAACAACCUCACGGCCCCAGGGCACCCCUGGAUCUUGUAUGGGGGUAGUCUCGCCGGUGCACAGACGGCCUUUUCUCUCGUUCAGUAUCAAGGUUUGCUAUGGGGAGGUAUUGCUUCAAGUGGCGUCAUACACGCCGUUCUUGGUUAUCCUGAGUGGUAUGAUCCCAUACAAGAGAAUGGGCCUCAGGAUUGUGUCUCCCGAAUCAAUAACAUCAUUGAUAAGAUGGACUAUUUGAUCCAGCAGAACAACACGAAAGCCAUCCAGCAGUUGAAGGAUAUCUUUGGACUCGGACCUUUGAGUGAUCUCAGGGAUUUUGCAAUGACAAUUGCCUUUCCCCUAGGCGGACCGAUGAAUUACCCUACCAACACCUGGCAAGAACUCAACUGGUAUCCGGCGUACGACGCCCCCGAUUUCUUCUCGUUUUGCAACAACAUCACCAACAUAGACGCCCCAGCAAGCAUCACCGCAGUUGACAUGCAGUUGGCGAAUUACACCAACGGCUCGGCCUGGACUGGGCUGGGAGCGUAUGCAAACUACGUCAAAGAAGUGGUUGUCUCGACAUGUGACAGCCCAGAUUUGAUUGAUACAACCGAAUGCUUCUCCACGCAAAAUGCGACUUUCUACGCCGAUCCUACCAAUUCAGCCUCUCGCUCCUACCUGUACAGUACCUGUACAGAGCAAGGCGCAUACCAACUUCCGCAACCGCAUGGUAAACCUUCUCUCCUGUCCCGGGUCAUUGGCCUCGACUACACCCAGCAGUGGUGCACAUGGGCAUUUCCGCCGGGCCCCUUGUCGCCUCAAGCUGUGCCAUCUCCGGACGGGCCAAACCUGACGUGGUACAACCACUACGGUGACUUUAAUCUCUCGGCGCCGAGACUGGCAUUGAUCGACGGGGGAAGCGAUGUGUGGCGCGACGUAUGCUACCACGGCCGCAAUGCCAGUACGCGAUACGGGGCGAAUCAGAUGCUCAUCACCGGAGGCGGCCACCACUGGGACAGCUCGGGGAUACUCAACAUCAGUGCAGAGCCGGACUUUAUCAAAGCUGCACAUGAGUGGGAGCUCAGGCAAGUGACGGGAUGGUUGGAUGAAUGGGAUGCGACGCACGAUAAGAAGGUAAGAAAGAGGGAUGAGUUAUAA